GAACUCAAUUCAAAUUCUUUCAAAAGGUUUUCAAUUCUCACUCUCGCUUUCUAUCGCCGGAGCCCGCAACAUGGAUCCACCGCCGAUUACUCUACAAAUGGUUCAGGGACCACGCAAAGGCGAAACUAUUGUAUUCCAACCCGGAUCCACCAUCCAGAUCGGGCGAGUAAAACGUGGCAACAAUGUCCCAAUCAAAGACGCUGGCAUUUCUUCUAAGCACCUGACAAUCGAAUCCGGAUCCGGAAAAUGGAUCCUCCGAGAUCUCGGAUCCUCUAACGGCACGACUCUUAAUUCCAAGGUACUCCCUGCUGAAACUCCAUUUGAUCUACACGACGGCGAUACGUUGAAGCUGGGAGAGUCUACGUCGAUCUUGAUCACGUUCGAAGGCCGCGGAGGCGUCGGAGAGGAGGUGGUGGAGAGCCGAAGGAGGAAUCCACCGAGGAGAGGUAGGACUUUGAAGAGCGAAACGGAGAGUUUUAAUAAAGAAUUGGAGAAUUUUGAAUUAGAAAAGAAAGAAAAUGUUAGGGUUACGAGGAGAAGGAAAAAUGAGGAUUCCGUGAAUUGCGGGUUAGUAAUUCCGAAGGUUCCAAAAAAUGGGGAAGCCGAGGAGAAACGAGGGAAAGGCCGCCCUCGGGGGAGGAAGAAGAACCAGCUGGAAGAAAAAUUAGAGGAAAAAGAAACAAAUUUGAAAGAAGCAGAUGGAAUAGUUAUUGUAAAAGAUGAAGUGGAUGAGGAGGAGGAGCUGAAUUCGCUGCGCAACGAAGAAAUUAAUGUAAGAAAAUAUGACAAGAUAGUGGAGGAGUCGAAGACGGAGGUUAAGGAGAGUUGUAAUGGAAGGCUAGAGGUGGAGUUGGAGAAGAUGACAUUAGGGGAAUGGUUUGAUUACUUGGAGGUUAAUUUGCCGAAGCAGAUAAUCGCGGCGUCAGAGGAGAUGAUUGAGGGUAUGAGGAAGAAAGCUGAGAGGGUUCAGGAGUUCAUGGUGGAGCAGAAGAAGCAGAAGGGUAAAGUUGCUGUGGGGUAGGAGAGGAUAUCUUCUGAGAUGCUCAACUCUCAUCCAUAUUGGAGUAGUAGUAAUUGCAGAGCUUGGUGAUUGGUAACUUCUUUUCUCUGAAUGAGGUGAAUAAAGGUUCUUCUAAGAGAUAAUUGGAACUUUCUAUACAAUCAUUUGCCAUAAUGAAGUUCUUUAUGAGAAUUACGAAGUACUAGAGUUAUUGAUAUAUGCUUCCUUAUGACUCCCCUUUUAAAGAUAGAAAAUCCCAAGUCUUCCUCAUGUAUUUCUCGACAACCUCAGUAUUUCAAAGUUAUUAUUGGACUUGUAAUCUGCUGAACCUUCCACCAUGGCAACAAUGUUUUGUCUUUGUGAUAACUUGUAUCCCAUAUCCUGCAGGAUGAAAAUCUUUAGCAUUCCUCUAGUUUACUGCUUCAUUUACUGGUAUUUUUCUUCCCAAGAGUUGGAUUUACAAAUUGUUUAUUGGCUGAACCUAUGCAUCUGCUCAUUACUUAGGAAAUGAUUUAAUUAUCUAUUUGCAUUGUCAUCUCUUCUCAAAUUCUUUCUGUUCUUUGUAUGUUGUUGUUAUUAAAUAUUCGAAGUUCUUGCUAUGCGCCUCUGCUCCUGACUUUUAGAAGAUUUGGCUCUGAUGAAAUUAUCUCAGAAUUCUUCCGUUGGUUUAUACAUCGCAUUACGAAGUCACUGAGUUCAUAGAGCUAAUGACAAGAUGCUUCUGGUAACUGCUUUACUUUCAACCUGCAAAUUUGCUAUCCAAGAGUUGUUACAACUUGAAUUCUGGAUAUAAGUUCUAAACGAAACCUCUGCCAAAAUCUA